AUGCCUGCCCUCAGCUCCACCAUGACUGAAGGCCGCGUCGUCCAAUGGCUCAAGCAGCCUGGAGAUCAAGUUUCGUCUGGCGAGCCCAUCAUGGUUGUCGAGAGCGAUAAGGCCGACAUGGACGUCGAGAGCUUCGAAUCGGGCUAUCUCGCUGCUAUCUACGUCGAGGAGGGUGAUACUUGCAACGUCGGCGUCACGGUCGGCAUCAUCGUCGAGAACAAGGAUGACAUUGACAAAGUUAAGGCCGACACCUCUCCCUCCAACUCAGUCGUUGCCGAAGCCCCAACAUCCACGGCUGUCGCCCCUCCGGAAACUGAAACUCCCGCUGUCCCGCAGGCCCCACCGGCAGCACCCGUAGCGGCCAAGCCCGAUUUCAUCGAGAUUGUUAUGCCAGCCUUAUCCUCCACAAUGACCGAGGGGAAGGUUGUCCAAUGGUUGAAGAGCGAGGGUGAAAAGGUUGAAAGCGGCGAAUUUGUUAUGGUCGCAGAGAGUGACAAGGCAGACAUGGACGUCGAGUCUUUUGACACCGGCUUCCUUGCUCAUAUUUCCGUCGAUGAAGGCGAAUCGGCCACCGUCGGCGGUGUAGUUGCAUACAUGUCCAAGACUGAAGCGGAAGCGGCAGCAGUCAAGGCCUGGGCGAUCUCUCAGUCCUCACCUUCUCCACUGGUAGCUCCACCGGUGGCAGCCAUUGAGACAACCCCGGCGCCCACGCAGGCACCCCCCACCGCUCCACCAGCUGCACCUGCACAGGGAGAGGUUGUGAACUCAGGUCGGAUCAUCGCGUCCCCGUAUGCCAAAGUCGUGGCGAAGAAAGUCGGUGUAGAUCUGCGGUACGUCGUUGGGACUGGCCCCAACGGUCGCAUCGUUGAGGCCGACGUCCGUAAGGCAGAGGAGUCUGGCGUUUCCGGGGCCGUACCUGAUGCGUCGGUAGCUGUUGUUCCAUCAGGGAAGGUUAUUGCUACGCCCGACGCGAAGAAGAUUGCGAAGAAGGAGAAGAUUGAUAUCAACAGCAUCACAGGGACUGGCAAUUUUGGUCGUAUCACUGCAGAGGACGUCCUGAAAGCGGCAGGGAAGGCUCCAGCAGGCAAACCCAAACCAUCAGCGCCGGCGUCUGCUCCAGCCAAGGCAGCAACAAAGGAUAAGAAGGAAGCACUCCCUGCUGGGGCUGUCGUCAUGAAUAGUAUGCAAAAGGCAGUGGUGCAGAAUAUGAAUGCCUCCGUGAAUGUCCCAGUAUUUCGACUUACCUACUCCAUCAAGACAGCAGCCCUUGAUGAUUUGUAUGCCAAGGUGAAGGCAAAGGGCGUAACUAUGUCGGCUCUUUUAGCCAAGGCCGUGGCUGUUGUGCUGACAGAGCAUCCCAUCAUGAACGCACAAUACGUAGACAAUUCUAUUUUGUAUCGACCUGAGAUCAAUAUUGCAAUGGCUGUGGCGUUGAAGGAUGGGGGUUUAAUGACCCCAACUCUACAGAAGGCGGACCAAGUAGACUUAUACAGUCUAUCAAGAAGCUGGAAGGAUCUUGUGAAGCGAUCUCUAGAAAAGAAGCUUUCCCCAGAUGAGUACAACAGCGGGACCUUCUUCGUCAGCAACCUAGGCAUGUUUGGCGUUGAUCAGUUCGACGCAAUACUGCCGCCGGGGGCACCGGCCAUCCUGGCAAUUGGUGCCUCAAAACCUGUCGUCGGACUUCAAAGCAACGGCCUUGUCGGCGUUGAAAAGCAAAUGAACGUAACACUAACAGCAGAUCACAGGCAUAUCUACGGAGCAGAUGGCGCUCGGUUUCUGAAGGACCUAUGCGAGUUGCUUGAACAAAACGUCACUGAAUUACUGAUGUGAGCGCAAACAAUAGCGAGUGCGUCAAUGUUAGGAUGUCUGAGUCGAAGGAUGCGUGAUGCGAAUGUUGAGUGUACAGUCUACGGAACAAAACCCCACAAAAUUUGUCUAUUCUUCGCAAUGACGAUUUCGUUCCUAAAAUCAGUAGGCUACCUGGGGCUAGAGCACGACGACAGAUUGAUCACAGGGCUCUGUACUGUCGCCUUCGUCUGAAAUGAUCCGGGAUGGGCCACACACGACGAAGAGCAACCCGGGAAGCCGGCUCGCAGAAGGCUUCUGGUACAGUGUGUUAAAUUUUCUCGAGACACAGCUGUAAAUCGUUUUCCUGAAGAGCAGGCACAGUAAUCACUUGUACCUCAUUCAGUGGGUCGAACUUGUUCUGGUUUGACUUUGACAAACCACCUGCUUGGUGUACAUAUCCCUGUAUUCUGCAGAAGCGCAAUCGAAUCUUAAGCUACAUUUCUUAAAUGGCAAUUGUCUCGAAUUCAGCACAGAAGGCUGAACCAACUUCGACAUCUUUUCGUUCUAUAUUCUCUCUUUGGUCUAAUAAUAAAGGGUCGGAUACGCCCCAGUACGGUAAAAUUCUUUCA